GCCUGUUAGGAAAAUCGUAAUCAAAACAACACAUGAAGAAUGUUGUGCUAGCUUGUCUCAUAGUCGUGCGAAUUUGGCGCCGCAAACACAACGUAGGUAGUUACAUUGUUGAUGUUUUGAUACUUUACUGACUGGAUUUGGCAUUAACUUGAAAUUAAAACAGAGUCCAAAGUACAGCACGAGCAAAGAAGAGACUUUCUGGUGUUGCUCAGUCGGAUAUAGACAGAUUUGUUUUGACACUUGCGUCAAGCCAAUGUUCGUGCUCAGGUGCAGUUUGAGAAGAACUAGGGUGAAACAUUUACUGGACUGUCAUUCGUCUUGGGGCUCGAGCUGCAUUUGGGUGCAUCAAAGGAUGUCAUCAUCAUCGCCUCAUCCAGUGGCAGCGGUGUGCCAGGUGACCGCAACCCCUGACAAGGAGGCCAACUUCACUGCCUGCAGGCGAUUGGUGCAGGCGGCAAAAGAGGGUGGAGCCAGCAUGGUUUUCCUACCUGAGGGGUUUGACUACAUCGGCUCUAGUCGAGAGGAGACCCUGAAUCUGUCUGAGAGGCUAACAGGAGACAUUAUCUCACGCUACACACUGCUUGCCAAGAAGCUGAGCGUGUGGCUCUCUCUUGGAGGGUUUCAUGAGAGAGGGCAUGACUGGGAGACGGACAGGCGAAUCUACAACAGUCACAUCAUCAUAAAUGAAAAGGGUGAUAUAGUGUCCGUAUACAGGAAGUCCCACUUGUUUGAUGUGGAGCUGCCAGGAAGAGGCGUGUCCUUAAAAGAGAGUGCCUUCACCAUACCUGGAUCCAGCCUCAUUCCUCCAGUUCAAACUCCCAUUGGCAAGGUGGGACUGGGUAUCUGUUAUGACCUGAGGUUCCCUGAGCUGUCAUUGGCCCUGCUGCGACAGGGGGCGGAGAUUCUGACCUACCCGUCAGCGUUCACUGUGGCCACAGGAGCUGCCCAUUGGGAGGUGUUGCUUCGCGCCAGGGCCAUUGAGACCCAGUGCUUUGUCCUUGCUGCAGCCCAAGUGGGCAGUCACCAUGAGAAGCGUUCGUCGUACGGCCACGCCCUGGCUGUGGACCCCUGGGGGGUGGUGAUGGGGGACUGUGGAGGAGAGAACACAGGCAUGGCUCUGCUGGAGAUUGACUUGGAGAAGCUCAGGGACACACAGAGAAACAUGCCUGUGCAGCAACAUCGCAGAGACACUAGCUUCUACUACAGUUUGGGUGGAAAGGAAUGACAAUCAAAUGUGUGUCCUAAUUCUCCACACUUUUUCUUGAAGUGUGCACUUGUGCACUCCCCCACAUAGAUUUAACAGCAUAGGAUUGGCGUAAGCAUGUGGCCAUUACACCAAUCCUAUAAUUUUUAAUCCAUGUGGGUACAAUCAAAUUUCAGGGAAAAGGGUGGAGAAUUGAGACAUAAGCACGUUCCUAUCAGAAAAAAAAAACACUGGAAGAGCAGAUUUACCAUGUUAAUGAUGUCAAAGUUGGUAUACAACCAGUAGAUGGUGAUAUUGGUAUGAGGAUUUUACACUCUUUUUUUUUAUACCACAAAUGAGUUAUGAUGCUGUAAUCAAGAAGUUCACCAGCUUUUAAAGAUGUGAUUGACUUUCUGGCUUUUUGACCUUUCAAACAAGAGAAACUAGAUUUUCUAGCCACAAUCCAAUGUUAGCCAUGACCAGAAGAUAUUCCUCUCUUACCAAAUGCAUGGGGGUUUCCAAUGAAGCACUGUAUGUGUGUGUUAUGAUGGAUGAAAUGAGGACAUGGAUGAAAGAAUCAGUUUAAUAAUACAUUCAUUAUAUAGGUCAAAUCCUUUGUUUGCUAGAAAUGUGUCAUAUGAUCUUGUUUGCCUUCAAAUCUAAAACAUUGCACUCUGACUAUUCCCAAUUCAAUGUCAUAGUUUUGGCUUUUAAUGUAUAUUGUUUUAUUGUACUUGAUGAAACAUUUUAAUAAUAAUGUCAAAUCCA